UGUUCAUCCAACUCUUUCUUUUUCAUUCCCUUCUCUUAAGCACAACUAUCAUGCCUUCUUUAGCUCAUAAAUUCUUGCCCAUCAAAAUAUCAGUUAGUAAUGACUUCUUGUACCUUCACUUGUUUAAAUUAGACCCCCCAUUUCCCUUAACAAACACAAGUAUCUUAGUAAGUUUCAUUCACACAAAAGUUUAAGUCGAAGACUCGAACAUGAAGGUAUUGGUGACAUUAACGUUAGUGAUUGUAACGAUCCUAAGUAGUGUCGUUAACGGGUACAAUUGCAAGAUUGUACAAUUUAUCUUCGGUGAUUCGCUUUCGGAUGUAGGCAAUAAUGAGUACCUCCCUAGAAGUCUUGCAAAAGCUAAUCUUCCUUGGUAUGGUAUUGAUUUUGGUAAUGGCUUGCCUAAUGGAAGGUUUACUAAUGGUCGUACUGUGUCCGAUAUUAUAGGGGAUGAUAUGGGUUUACCAAGGCCACCAGCUUUUAUGGAUCCAAACUUAAAUGAAAAUAUGAUCUUAGAAAGUGGUGUUAAUUAUGCAUCUGGUGGUGGUGGCAUUUUGAAUGAAACGGGUGGUUAUUUCAUUCAAAGGCUAUGUUUCUACAAGCAAAUUGAAUUGUUUAAAGGAACCCAAGAGAUGAUAGCUCGAAAAAUUGGCAAAAAUGAAUCUCACAAGUUUUUCCAAGAAGCUCGUUAUGUUGUUGCAUUAGGAAGUAAUGACUUUAUUAACAACUACCUGAUGCCGGUUUAUAGUGAUUCAUGGAAAUACAAUGAUGAUACUUUCAUGGACUACUUAGUGGGAACCUUAAGAGAUCAACUUAAGGUGUUGCACAGCCUUGGAGUAAGGAACUUGAUGGCAUUUGGACUUGGGCCCAUGGGCUGCAUCCCACUGCAAAGGGUGUUGAGCACAACAGGUAACUGCCAAGACAAAACAAACAAGUUGGCCAAAAAAUUCAACCAAGCUACAAACAACAUGAUGGUAGAACUUUCAAGAAGCCUACCAGGUGCUAGUUACAAAUUUGGUGAUGCCUUUGAUGUUGUCAAUGAUGUCAUCAGCAAUCCUUACAGAUACGGAUUUACAAAUUCAGACUCUCCAUGCUGUUCCUUUGGAAAUAUUAGGCCAUCCUUAACAUGUGUUCCUGCAUCAACAUUGUGCAAAGAUCGGAGCAAGUAUGUUUUUUGGGACGAGUACCACCCAAGUGAUAGUGCUAACAUGAUCAUUGCUAAGGAGCUCAUCAAGAAGUUCAAGUUUACGAGAGUAAACCAAAAUGGCGAUUCGGCUGAUGCUCCUUCUUCACCUACACCAGCCAUGGGUCCUGUUGCUGCGCCUUCUGUUGAUGCUCCCUCUUCUGAUAGUUGAUCAGUUCUCCUUAAAAAGUGGAACAUUUUCAAGACUUAAGUUUACUAUAUUAUGCUUAUUACUAUUCAUCAAUUUGGUUUGUUAUUGGUAGGUCAACAAUUAUAUGGUCCAUUAGUUUAUAGUUUGUGCAAUUAAGUGGUGGUUAAGCAUAUUUGGUGGACUUGUUAGUUACUUGUUGUAGACUUGUAGUUCCAAGUGUAUCUUCAAAUCUCUUUACAAUCCGAAUUAUGCCUUCCAAUUAUAACAAGAAUAGAAAUUCAAGACA